CGAGAAGAAUAUAUCUUUAUAGAGGUCUCAGCCACUACUCCUGCAUUCGCGUUCGGACGAUAUUACAGAAUAAGAAGUCUGCUUUGGAUUUUAUGAGGAUUUGGACGGAGGUCAAGGAGAUAUAGGUUGAUCUGUUUGUUUUUCGGAUUCGGCAGCUGGCUUGAUUGCCGCUAGCUCUUGCAAUUUACUCCCCCAUCGCCAAUUUCCGUUUCACGAAUACUCCCGUCACCUCUCUCUCUCUCUUUUUGCUUAGAUUCACAAAACAUAUCGGCAAUUGAUAUAUCAAAGAUUCAAUGGCGUCAGCAUUCCGGAAAGCGUACCAACACGCACAGGCGAACCAAGGUACACUAAAGUACGCAGGACGAACGAUCGCGAUCGCUUUGACAUGGGUGCCAGUCGUGGCCUACGUUGCGAAUCAUGUGGUGUGGAUCGGAGUAAUUGAUGGGUCUUCCAUGACACCUACGUUGAAUCCGGAGUCGAACGGGCUGAGAAGAGAUAUUGCAUUGCUAUGGAAGCUGGGGUUGAAAGAGUACAAGUCAUUUCAUCGCGGCGAUGUUGUCGUACUAAGAAAUCCACGAGAUCCAGAGACAUCGGUCGUGAAGCGGAUCGUUGCGCUCGAGGGCGAAGAAGUUCGGACACGGUUCCCGUAUCCUGAAUCUACAUGUCGCGUACCACAGCACCAUUUCUGGGUAGAAGGCGAUAACAUCCAUUCUGUCGACAGCAACACCUACGGACCGGUAACCUGCGGUCUCAUCACAGCACGCGUCACACGCGUCCUGUUCCCGUUCGGAAGAGCAGGCCUAGUGCCAAGGACAGGCGGUCGCGAUCCUCGAGAAGUACUCGUCAAGAGCGAAUUACCGUUCAGCACUCCCCCGCCAUGGCUGAAAGGCGGGAAGAAGACGGAAAAGGAGUAGCUGUGCUGGAUGGUGUAGAGAGGUGCGCUGGUGUAGGAUGCGUGGAUUGGCUUUGAUAAGCUAGAUGUACAUAGUAGAUUAGCAUUAUAUACAGAUUCUUGAUUGAUCGCUGAUAUUGUCCAGAUUAUCAGACACUAGUGAUGAUUAGGCUGACACAGUAAUUGCACUGCCAUAUA